GCGAGAAGCAUCCCAACCCCUGACUGGGGCACCUCCCUCCCACCUCCAGAGCGGUUGGCCGAAGUGGGGAGAUGUUUUGAGUGGUCCAUCCCUGGCCCUCUCUGCUCUCCAGAUUCCUGUUCUUCCUGAAGAGGGGAAGCAUCAGAGAUCAGGAAAUACAUGGCUACUAUCCAUGCUGCUGGGUCCCAGGCAUCUUUGAUGUUCGAGGAUUUAGCUGUCUAUUUCUCCAGAGAGGAAUGUGUGAGUCUGGACCCUUCUCAGAGCCCUCUUUGCUGGGAAUCUGUGCCAAAGAACUGCAAGGAUCUACUCUCAUUUGGAGACAACAAUGAAAAGGAAGAGGAACAUUUUCAACGAGAAAAUCCAGAAAAUGGGGAACUAGAAGCAGUGCCUUCAGAAUGGUACAAAAGAGACAGUUCUCUGCAUCCUAAAUUGGGGAGAGACUGUAAGAAUGAACCAGGAUUCCUUGAUCAGAAAAGGGUAGGUAUGCCCACACCUCAAGAAAGGAGAUUUAUAAGUCUUUUGAUUACUAUUGAAAAUUCCACUCAAUUUGAAGAACUUUCCCACUUUGUAGAAACUAGAAUCUCUUGUCUCCAAGAACAGGCAACAUCAACAUCCUUUAAAUGUCUCCUGUGUGAUAAAGCCUUCAUCAAAAGAUCAUACCUUGUUUCACACCAGAGAAGCCACACAAGAACAAAAACCUAUAAAUGCAUUGUCUGCGAGAAAAACUUCAAUAAGAAGUCAAAUCUCAGUGCUCAUGAGAGAGUCCAUACAGGGGAAAAGCCAUAUAAAUGUGAUGCUUGUGGGAAAAACUUUGCUCAGAGAUCCAACCUUGUUGCACAUGAGAGAAUACAUAAGAAAUCCCAAACAUAUGAAUGUGCUAAUUGGGGAAAAAACUUCAGUGAAAGAACACAUCUCAUCCACCAUGAGACUAUCCACCUAAUAGACAAUACUAAUAAAUGUGAUAAAUGUGGGGAAAGUUUCAUUUGUAAAUCAAAACUUAUGCAACAUCAGAGAACCCAUACAGGGGAAAGACCUUACAAGUGUUCAACAUGUGAUAAAAGAUUUAGUCAAAAAUCAGAUGUUUUAAUUCAUCAGAUAACUCACACUGGAGAGAAACCUCAUAAAUGUACUGAGUGUGGCAAAAGCUUCACUCAGAAAACAAAUCUCGCCAGGCACGAGAAAACACAUACUGGACAGAAACCCUUUAAGUGCAUUGACUUUGGUAGGCCUUCACACCUUAUCAUACAUCAGAAAAUCCACACAGGAGAGAAACCCCACAAAUGUAAUCAGUGUGGCAAAAAAUUUAUUUGGAACUCAGAUCUGAUACACCAUCAGAAAAUGCAUACUGAAGAAAAACCUUAUAAAUGUCUCAUAUGUAAAAAAAGAUUCACUAAGAAUUCAAAUCUUGCUGCCCAUCAAAAAAUUCAUACAGGAGAGAGGGCCCAUAAAUGUAACAACUGUGAAAAGAGCUUCAGUCGGAGUUCACAUCUACUUACACACCAAAGGAUCCAUACUGGAGAAAAACCUUAUAAAUGUCUUAUGUGUGAGAAGAAGUUCAACUGCAGUUCAAACCUCAUUACUCAUCAAAGAAUACAUACAGGAGAAAAACCAUAUAAAUGCACAAUGUGUGAGAAAAGUUUUAGUCGCAGCUCAGACCUUGUUAAUCAUGAGAGAACCCACACAGGAAUAAAACCAUUUAAGUGUGCUACAUGUAAGAAAAGCUUCAGUCGAAGUUCCCACUUGAUAACUCACCAGAGAAUCCACACAGGAGAGAAACCCUUCAAAUGUGUCAAGUGUGGGAAAUGUUUCAGUGAUAAAUCAUACUUCAGUUACCAUCAAAAAAUUCAUAUGCAUUAA